CUCGGAUUGACUGUUUCCAAGGAGACCAGCAAUACUCCUGUCUGCGCUGCUGCUGACGGGCUGAGGGGCAAUCAAAGAACUCAAGAUGUCAUUUUUGUUCGACUGGAUCUACAGGGGGUUUAGCAGCGUUUUACAGUUCUUAGGUCUGUACAAAAAGUCUGGGAAGCUGGUUUUCCUGGGCCUGGACAAUGCUGGCAAGACAACGCUCCUACACAUGUUGAAAAAUGACCGACUUGGUCAACAUGUGCCAACGCUGCAUCCAACUUCUGAAGAGCUCUCGAUUGCUGGAAUGACGUUUACUACAUUUGACCUGGGAGGACAUGUACAAGAAAUUCCUGCAUUAAAAGCUGAGAUGGACACUGUUGCGAGGACAAACUCUCCACACACUGUUCUCUCUCUGCGGACAGCUCGGAGGGUGUGGAAGAACUACCUGCCGGCCGUGAAUGGAGUCGUCUUUCUCGUGGACUGUGCGGACCACGACAGACUCUCGGAAUCGAAGACUGAACUCGACGCUCUCCUGGGAGACGAGACCAUCGUCAACGUACCCGUGUUGGUGUUGGGAAAUAAAAUCGACCGCCCCGAGGCCAUCAGUGAAGGAGGGCUGAGAGGAGCUUUUGCUCUCGACGGUCAAGUUACCGGAAAGGGAAACGUGUCUUCGAAGGAGCUGAACGCCCGGCCGCUGGAGAUCUUCAUGUGCAGCGUGUUGAAAAAGCAAGGCUACGGGGAAGGUUUCAGAUGGUUAUCGCAGUACAUCGACUGACGCGCGGCCGAAGCGUGGCCGGGAGGGGUUUUCUUGACACAUUUUCACGAGAGCGUGACAAAGACUCUUUGCCGGUGUCAGUCAGCCCAAACGUCAAACUACAAGAGCAUACUGAGAGCAUAUUCUUUUAAAUACAUUAUUGAAGAUUCAAAAGUUUCUAUAUGCAAACGUUUAAAGUGGUUCAUGGGGAGCUGCCCUACCUGUAUCGUUCGUGUGAGAAUUAACUGAUUUUUUAAAAUCUCCAUGGCAUAUUCAUUAGGUUACAUCAUACCUGAUUACAAUACACAGGCAGAUAAGCAUUAUGCAAGUAUGAAGAUGCGUAUACAUCAGUGUUGCAUUAUUUAAUAUAGAAUAGGCCAGCUGUUCUAGAUUAGGAAGCAAGUGAUGAAAAUCAAGAACUGUGGCGAUUGUGUUGAGUGGUUCAUUGCACGUCGGAUGUCGUACAAAGUUUAGAUUUUAAAGUGUAAAACUAAAUACAGAAAGAUUAAUUUGAGUUUAAUCUAAUGAUACGCAGCCACUGCCUUCAGAGCAUACAGCCAAAUAUGUGUGCUAAUCACUUUGGGAUUAGCGGGCACAGAGAUUGGACUUCAACAAAAGAUAUCUUCCAUUCGGAGCACUAAGCCAAAAUACGAUGAAAUCACCUUUAGAGAACGACCGAGCAGAAGAGACGGCAGGCCCACCGAUAAAGGCAGAGAUGAAGAGCAAACCGAGUCACACUCAUCGGUGAGCUGACGAGUGCCGUGAAUAAUUUGCUUCUCACUUUCAGUGUCUUCAUGGAAUUGGCUUGUUUAUUUUUCUACUUUUCCUCAUAGAAAUUAUAUAUAUAUCCAUAUAUAUACACACUUCUUGACCCAAAGUGAUGUUACCGUUGCGUUGAAGGCAGCUAAUUCGUAGAGUGUUGGACUGAGAUACGUCUUCGUUAUCUUUGACUUCGGGGUGUUCCGCACCGAACUCAAGGAUGAAAUGUAAUUCCCGACCUGACGUGCCGUCACAUGGCUGCCCUUGCUUUAUUAUAUCACGAAGGCCGUAAUAACUAACCGCCCUUAAAAUGUCGGAGAGCAAUAAAACAGAAUGACCCACUGUACUGUAGCAGAGACAAUCUUACGCCUCUGUAUUUAAGAGUAAGACAGCAUAUAUGUAGUUCUGAGCCUGAUAAUUGUACUCUUUUUGUGUUAUUUCUUCAGAUUAAUCUCUCGCCUGAGCAAUCGGUGUGCACGUAAUCAGCAUGGAGGCUGUGCAACAGGGUUGAAGUGGUGCAGGUGCUGCACUUUGUGACUAUUUGAAAAGAUAUGAGAGUGCACUUGCAAAUGUGAACAUGCUGACCUGUAAAUUAUUGAGUAUUCAAAUCUUAUUCUGGAUGGUUGAGUUCCUUUUUUUUUUUUUUUUUUACAAUGACCUGUUUAAAUUUGUAUCCUCAUGAGAAGCUGGAAAUAGAGCAGAGUGAACAGAAACGUGUCAUCAUUGUACCCCAUUUAAUGUUUCCUGCGUCCCAUGUUUACAGAGUACCGUUAUGAAUAUUCUGCUCAUUAAAAUAUGCAGGGGGGUUCGUGACUGAGAUGUAAGAGAACAUAUGUAUCCAACCGAUUUCAUACGGGGAAUAUUGAGUGUUUACUGAGACAUCACACACAUGUCAACAGACCGCUUUCCCGUUGAACAGUGCUCUCUGUAGCAGUCGCCGAACUCCUGUAAAUGACGUAGAGUACAGAUGUAAAUGUUUGUAUAGUCACUGCCUAUAAGCCGACACGAAUAAAGCACCGGAGUUAUUUAUAGCUGA